AGAUAAGAGAUAAGGAUUGGAAAAAGACGCUAAGUUAACCUCUUACCUCAGCAAUGUAACAGCAACUCUAAAAUGGAUUCUUUUCUGGUGUUUCUUUUCUUCCCUUUUAUCUACGUUUAUUUCUUGUUUGUGAAAGAUCUGGUUCAUGAAUUUUCAAGAGUUAAAGGUCUGCCGUUAAAGAUUGAUUACCUGUCCUUUUGAUUAUGUUACUCUUCAUUUCAAUUGUAGCCGUUAACUUCAACAUUGGCUCUUGCUCAUUGUUUCACACAACCUGUAGGCCUUUUAUCUGAAUCACAUCAUCGAGAUGUUCGUCCUUCAAUGAUUAUCAUCAAGUAACUGGAAGAGGAGAAAGAAAAAAGGAAUAAGACGUAAACAGAGGUAAACUUAUGAUUACUUUUAUUAGCGUUUGAAAAAACCUUUCAAGGCAAAAUUAAGUGGAGAGUUAAGCAAGUUAAACAUGAUGAUGACGACGUUGAAGAUGAUGAUGAUGAUGGGUAAUCAGUUUUAAUUGUAGUAGUUUUCUCACUCUAAUCUCUCCUUGCUCUUAUUCUUGUUGCUUCGCUUCUACUUCUCUUUACCUCUUUUGUCUAAAGUUACUGUUGUUUCUCAAUUGUUUCUUUGCAUCUUAUUUCGCCUCUUAUUUUACUGGACCGAAGUCCGUGUUUCAAGUGGUCCUCAAUCUAACAAUGGUUUACGAGGAUAAUAUCUUGAAUGACAAAUUUGAACCAACAUAUUUGGGUUUUGACUUUAGCACGCAACAGCUAAAAGCCAUCGCAAUCAACGAAAAAUUGGAAAUAAUUCAUCAAGCAGCUGUUCAAUUUGACAAUGAUUUGCCCGAAUUCAGAACACAAGGAGGUGUCAACAAGAAAGAGGGAAGCAAUGUUGUGACUGCUCCACCAUUAAUGUGGGUUAAAGCUCUUGAUAUGGUAUUAGAAAGGUUGAAAAUUUCUGGUCUGGAUUUUGGAACAGUUCAAUCAAUUAGCGGAACUGGGCAACAACAUGGCUCUGUGUAUUGGAAGAAAGGUUCCAGAGAAAAGUUGAAGUCUCUCAAUUCAGCCAAAUUUCUUCACCAUGAACUACAAGACGCUUUUACUCUGAGAGAUUCCCCUAUUUGGAUGGAUUCAUCUACAACAGAACAAUGUCAGGCACUAGAAAAAGCUCUUGGAGGACCAGAAAAAUUAGCAACUAUAACAGGAUCCCGUGCAUAUGAGAGGUUCACCGGCCCUCAAAUAGCCAAAAUAGCUGCCACUAGACCAGAAGUUUAUAACGCCACUGAACGAAUAAGUUUAGUCAGUUCUUUCGCUGCUUCACUUUUUCUAGGUGAUUAUGCUCCUAUUGAUUUGAGCGAUGGAUCAGGAAUGAACCUAUUGGAUAUUUGGUCUGGUAAAUGGUCUCAAAUAUGCUUAGAUGCUACCGCUCCUGGUUUGAAAAGCAAAUUGGGUGAUACUGUUGUACCGAUGGCUACUGUAAUAGGUCCAAUAUCAAGCUAUUAUGUUGACCGUUAUGGAUUUUCAGAAUCUACUUCUAUUGUUGCUUUUACUGGAGACAAUCCAGCUUCUUUGGUUGGUUUGGUGCUUGAUGAAGGAGACAUUGGAGUUAGUCUGGGAACUUCCGAUACAGUUUUUCUCUCUCUGCGAAACCCAACACCUUCCGUUAACUGGCAUAUUCUGAUUAACCCUAUUAAUCCUGACGACCAUAUGGCUUUACUCUGUUUCAAAAAUGGUUCAUUAACUCGAGAGAGAAUCCGAAAUGAAACUGCUGAAGGAAGCUGGGACAUUUUCAAUGAACUUAUUGAAUCAACUCCUCGUGGAAAUUUUGGCAACAUUGGAUUUUACUUUGAUAGUACUGAAGUUUACCCUCUGGUUAAAGGAGAUUUCAGAUUUAAUAAAUUCAAUGAAAAAGUUGCCCGACUUUCAAAGGAGGUUGAAGCUAGAGCUGUUAUCGAGGGUCAAUUUCUGCGACUACGUCUUCAUGCAUCUUCUCUGGGUUAUACUGAAAUAAGUGAUUCAUGCAUUAAAGUAACAGGAGGAGCCUCAUGUAACUCGACUUUCCUCCAAAUUUUAUCAGACGUUUUUAAUAAGCCAGUCUAUCGACAAACAAUGGGAAAUUCAGCAUCUUUUGGAACAGCCUUGAUGGCUAAAUAUGCAUUAGUUGCAGAUAAAAUAAGUUUCAAAGAAAUGUCAAGUAGCUUGGAAAUGUUCAAAUUGGUUUGCAAACCAUCAAAAGAUGCACAUGGAAUUUAUACACCCAUGGUUGAAAGAUACAAAAUUCUGGAGGAUAAAAUCAAAACAGAGACAGAAACAAAUAAUUAAUUUCCAAUGAUACAGACAAGACAAUAUUUUGUGCAAUUUCAUUAUACACUUACUAUUCAAUCAUAUUUCCACAUAUCAUAUCGUUUUAAAUACCUUUAAGCAGAGACAAAAAAAAAUUUUACAAAUUAUUGAACUUAAACAAGAGAAAAUUUUUUACCAAUUUUUCAUGAAAACUGUAACUUUCUGAAUUUUUAUAAGAAAUAAAUUUGGAAUUUACUCUUAAUGUUUAA